GCUGCAGGCACCGCGCAGGGCAGCCUGCGAGCGCUCCCGGCAGCCCGCGCGGCGCGGCGGGGGCCUCGAAGCACGGCGCCGCCAUGCCGAAGUCCAAGCGGGACCGUAAGGUCUCCCUUACGCGGACGCCCAGGAAGGGGCUGGAGGCCAAGCAGGCGCUGAUUGCCGAGCUGCGGCGCUGCGUGGACACCUACAAAUACAUCUUCGUCUUUUCCGUUGCCAACAUGAGGAACAACAAGCUGAAGGACGUCCGAAACGCUUGGAAACACAGCAGGAUCUUCUUCGGGAAGAACAAAGUGAUGAUGGUGGCGCUGGGACGGGAGCCGAGCAGCGAGUAUAAGGAGAAUCUGCACAAGGUCAGCAGACGGCUGCGGGGGGAGGUCGGUCUCCUCUUCACCGACCGCACCAGGGAUGAGGUGGAUGCGUGGUUCUCCAAAUUCAGAGAGGUGGACUUUGCCCGUGCAGGGAACAAGGCAACGUACGCAGUGAGCCUGGACACAGGGCCCCUGGAGCAGUUCCCCCACUCCAUGGAGCCUCAGUUACGGCAGCUGGGAUUGCCAACAGCUUUAAAGAAAGGAGUGGUGACGUUACUUUCAGAUUACGAAGUCUGCAAAGAAGGGGAUGUUCUCACCCCUGAACAAGCCCGAGUCCUGAAACUCUUCGGCUACGAGAUGGCGGAGUUUAAAGUCACCAUCAAAUUUCUAUGGAAUUCUGAGACGGGAGACUUCCAGAAGCUUGUGGGAGACUCAGUGGAGGAGGAGGAAGAGGAGGAGGAUAAUGAUGACAGCAGUGAGGACUAGCAGCAGUCCUCAUGUGUGGACACCAGACAGUUCUACUCUGUUUCAGAGACAAAAGAGGAGAAUGUUUCUCUUCCCCAUUUACACUGGGAGGACAAGGACCAUCACUCAAAUGUGUUCUUCAGAAAAGAUGACCUAAUGAUGCUUUUUUAAUAUAAGUCUAUAUAUAAAACUUCA